CUCAAACCACUAAUGAAGAGGUUUCUGCACUAAAAUCAACGGAAUAUUAUCGCAAUUUCUGUGAGCAUGCUUCGGCAUAAAGCCUUGUGGGACAGAGAGCUGUGAAAAUCACUUCCAUGUGGACGUAUGCAACCUACAGCAGUUACAUCUUGAAGAACUGAAUUUCGCGGUCAGCAGGAGAACUCUUAAACAGAAGACAAGCUCUCAGACACGUUCCCGUAAAAACAGAAGACACGCUCUCAGACACGUUCCUGUAAAAACGUACAUGUUGCUUGCUUCCUCUCUUUAAACCGGUCGGCCAACAUAAACACAGCCAUUUGAUAUCAACCUUGUCAUCUCAUCCACGCCUUAUGCUCUGUCAUACAAGAAGGAAAUGCUUUAAAACGGAUUUUCCCUCUUCUCACGUGUGGUUUACCUUGCUUGGAAAGACCUCUUGGUCCAUGGCCCGCGGUCAUGAAAACAAACGGGAACAAAAAGUGAAUUUUCCACUACACGAGCAUAAACCCGCUGGUUACAAAUGGAAGACAAAACCGGCUCAAAACAAGAAGACAAAAAAGAAUACUGUGGGGGAAAUGGUUAUUGUCUGAUCGAUGAGAGAACUCUAAAUUUACUUUUAUAUGGUUCCCGCGAAGUCAGAGUUAUAGACGUGCAGAAACUAAAACGGAAGGUUGAAGAUGAACAAGGAGGUUCGUCUUCCAAAAAACAGAACAAUACCGAUGACCAUGAGAAGCCUCGGCUCACAAACGCCAUUAGAUCAUUCCCGGAUGAAGUGCAUCUCUGUAGAUCGAGUAUUCCUGGUGCUGGUUAUGGAGUGUGCGCGAAAGAGCACAUUCCGCUGGGCACAUGGAUAGGUCCGUAUGAAGGAAGCCGCCUGCCCGCCCGAAAUUUUCCUUCAAAUUAUGAAACAGGAUAUCUAUGGGAGAUCUACAAAGAUGGCCGCCUAAGUCACUACAUUGACGGACGCGAUGAAGACAACUCCAGCUGGAUGCGAUUCAUUCAAUGCGCACGUCAUGUAAAGGAGCAGAAUCUAUACGCUUUUCAAUACUGUGGCAACAUUUUUUACCGGGCGUUUAAGGAGGUCCCCCCUGGUACAGAAUUACUGGUUUGGUACGAUGAAAAAUAUCCACAAUUUCUUGGAAUUCCUCUUGGUAUACAGGACUAUGAAUUCUUCAGAGAAUCUGUGUCAUCUUCCAAUACCCAAAGCUCUCCAGCCUGCAGUUCCGCCAGUUUGUUUGUUGACUCAGUGACACGGUAUCCAAAAACCCACGGUUUUCAAGAAUCACAUGAUAAUCCUAAUACGGGUAGUUUUAGAUUCCCUUCACCACGUGAGCCACCUCCACGCUUCGUACGCCCCUCAAGCAGUGCGGGUAAUGUUUUCCCGCGAGACAAGCUUGGCACUUCUGGAAUUAGAGGUGGUCCUAGUUUCGCUGCAGGCUCAGUUGAAAGUAAAAUGAUUGAGACAGAAUUAACCGCAACGACAACAGUUGAUGGACAAUUUUUCAGGAACUUUUCGCAAAUACCUGCGCCCAGUGGUAACAAUUUUUAUUCGCCGCAAAUAAAGAACAAGGACUCGCAAGAAAAAGUUGUGAAAACUGAAAAUUCAACCCGAGGGUAUAUGUCUGAUAAACAUUGGGAAAGGCAAAGAGAUGAGGAUCCCUUGUCUAAUAACGAAAGAAGACUUCCAGCAAAAAUAAACGCUCUGCGUGAAAUGCCGCCAUUACAAUUCUUCGAUAAUGAUCAAAAACAUUCUCCUCGCACGAAUGAAGUUCAAGCUCUCAAGCGAAAUGGAGAUGGAGUGAAGAGUGUAAUGCCAGCGCUUCGUCCUGCUAUGCCUCCGCUUCUCCACACACCGCAAUAUCAUGAACACUUAGGAACAAACAUAUCAGGAAUUUCUCUGUCUCCGGAUGAAUUUGGUAUGUGGAGGUGCCGGCAGUGCUUAAAGACUUUCACUCAGCGGGUUCUUCUUCAAAUGCAUGAGUGUUCCCAGACCCCUGAUAAACCGUAUCAGUGCGGCCAGUGUACGCUUUCAUAUGGGACGCCGUCAGAACUCAGAAGUCACGUGGACACGCAUACCAAUGAGAAGUUGUUUAAGUGCGGGUUCUGUUCGCGCUCUUUCUCAGGGGCUACCACCUUAAACAACCACAUACGCACCCACACCGGUGAGAAGCCAUUCAAUUGUGAGAAAUGCCACAAGACAUUUUCACAAGCUAGUCAUUUAGCGAGACAUCAGCGAGUCCCUGGGGACUGUGUUCCCUGGCAGAUGGGAUAGAUCAAAAGUCAGCUUAGCUGCUGCAAAUUGAUAAACAGACUCAGCUAAAAAGCUUUCUUGCCACCCAAAUCAGAUCAUACGACUACUUUUUUGGGAGGUAAAAACUGAUAGAUUUGUAACACGGAAUUGAAAGAAAUGAUGUGUAUGCAAACAGAGAAAGUGUAACUUCCCAAAUGAAUAAUCAAACGAUCUGAUCUUAGCGGAAACAAAGAUGGGAACACGAGAGCCAAACCCGCAUCUGUUUGUAAGGAUUUGGCCCGAUCAUUCCAGUCAAUGCUCAAGCGAUCGAGAAUUUAAUGAAAUCAAGAUCAGACAAUCACUGGCCCGCACGAUCCGCGCGUUCGGAUAGAACUAAGUUCGUGUUUGAGCCUGAUUCCCACUUGAUCGCCUUAAUCGUCCCAGUCGCCCCAAAACCUUGCGCAAACGAGACGUUCCAGAUUGUCACGUGACAAUCAGCCCUUAACUUACACACAGAGUCGUUCUAAUGUUUCUCAACAAAAAAUUUUAGUUAAUGAAAAGCGUGCACUUGGAAAUGGUAGGGUUUAUUUUCACACCGAGUCAGUUUAAGGUCCAUCUCUGGUUUUUUCACUGCACUAAUACAACUUAGUCAAGUUUUCCUAUAAUGUCUCUCAAAUGUCAUCCCUUAUCCAGUAACACUCAUCCACUCCGUUUCUUGAAAUAUCUAAUUUUUUGGCUGGGAAUUACUCAAGAAGAUACUCAACGGUAGAAGCAUUUAUCAUUAGGGAUAUUUUGUAUUCAAAUUGGAAAGAAAAGAGUAACAAAAAUGA